AUGUUAUGUGAAGUUUUGCAUAUUUUUCAGGAACAGGUAAUAGAGAGGUUAUUGAAGUUUCAAGAUGUUAUUGUGCAAGCACCAACUGGUUCCGGAAAAACUCUCGCAUAUAUUUUACCACUGUUUACUAUUUUAUGGAAAAAAAAAAAGGUUUGGCCGGAAAAUGAAAUAGGCGCAGUGGUGAUUGUUCCAAGCCGAGAAUUAGCAAAACAAGUUGGCGCAAUUUGUAAAUUGUUUGCGGAUGCACUAUCCUUCAGUAUGCGUGUGAUGAUUGGUGGAAAAAAAGGAAAAUCUAACUCAAAAGCAGACCAGUGUCUGAGCGCUGCAGUAAUAAUAGCUACUCCUGGAAGGUUACAGUCAUUGAUUUCGUCUAAUUCAGACUUUAAAAAAGCUUUAAAAGCUCUUGAAGUAUUGAUUAUUGAUGAAGCAGAUCGAUAUACAGACUCAAGUUUCAAAGCUGGUAUGACUGAAAUUCUGGAAUCCUUACCCAAACAGAGACGGACUGGUUUAUUCUCUGCAACACAGGCCAAAGAAAUGGAAGAAAUUGUGAAGUUUGGAUUAAGAAAUCCCACACAAAUUACAAUUACAAAUUGUGGUGCAAUGCUUGAUUCAGUUGAUUCAGUGGAGGCAAUAUCACCAAAUACGCUGAAUAACUUUUAUAUGGUAGUGAAAGCUGAUCAAAAAUUGCAUUUGCUGGUAGAAUUUGUCCGAACUCAUCCAAAAUCAAAAAUACUAAUUUUUUUCUCAACUUGUCAAUGUGUCGAAUACAUGCAGAUAGUACUGAAAGAACUCAUUCAAAAAAGACAAAUAUUUGCAUUGCAUGGAAAGAAAAGAAAGAAAGCAGAGAAUCAGUUGCAAAGUUUCCGAAAAAUUGGCAAAUCACUGAUGUUGUGUACAGAUGUACUUUCUAGAGGUAUCGAUGUUGACAAUAUUGAUUGGGUUGUGCAGUUUGAUGUACCAAAACAAACAAGCUGGUUUGUCCAUCGCGCUGGUCGGAGCGCAAGGUGUGGUAAAGUGGGGAAUAAUGUGUUGUUCCUUACACCAGAAGAAACGGCUUACAUCGAAUUUAUUGAGAAGUACGAGAAAGUUUCGCUGACUGAAAUGAAAGCUGAUCUAAAGGAAGAUGAUGAAGCGGAACAAAUAAGGCAGCAGAUCAUUAAGAUGGCUUCAAAAGAGAGAGAAAUCCUGGAAUGUGGUACUCGAGCAUUUAUGUCAUUCGUUGAAUCCUAUGUGCGUCACGAUUGCAACGUUGUGUGUUCAUCUAAGGACUUGGAUGUUGUUGGUUAUGGCCAUGCUUAUGGAUUGUUACGUCUCCCGCGCAUGAAAGAAUUUCAUCAUAGCGAUUUGAGUGAUUUUAAACGCUCUGAUUUAAAUACUUCAGAAAUACCGUAUAAAAAUGCAGAAAAGGAGAAGCGAAGGCAAGAAAAGUUACUGCUUCUGAAGACUGAAAAUAAAGAACUGAAAAAGGAAGGCAGACCUCAGAAAAAAAAAUUAGGUGCCAAACAAACCUCCCAGAAAAAUUCUGCGAAGAAGCGACGGCAUAGCGAAACCAAGGAGAACAUAGAUGAUUUCGGUUCAGAUUUCGCAUUACUGAAGAAAUUAAAAAAAGGAAGAUUGAAAAAGAAGGAAUACGAUGAACUAAUGGCGGAUAACUCCUACUGA